AUGUCAACUACAUCCCGCUCGCAGAGUCCUUCUCGUGCUCAUCGUGGGGAACACCCUGCCGAUACAGGCAAAGACCGACUUCCAUCGCGAUCCAGACAAGCAUCUCCCACGCACGUCCCGGUGGUCGAGUCCAAUGCUACAUCCAGACGCUCGUCUCCUUCGAAUCAUCCCGAGCGUGGUGGACCACCUCCUUUCCGAAGUCGCAGUCGAUCACCUGCCAACCAACUACCAUACCACCGGCCCUCCGGGCCACCGAGACGCUCCCCAUACCGAGACCAAGUAUAUCAAUCAGUCACGACGGACUUCGGGAAAGCGCAGGAAACCUCCGACCGCUUCCCGAGAAAAGAACCAUCCGAGAAUUCAAUGUCAGGGCCGUCUCGUUUUGGGAGGAACAUUCCAACUCAGCCUAGAAAUCUCGGCGUAAGCCAGUCUCCUCCAUUGGGUCCAUCCCAGGGUCCAAGAGGAGCACCACCUCAAAGCCGCGGAUCCCAUAACGCUUCCAUUCUUUCGGCACCGACGCGACCCCGCCACGGGCCCAGUUCCCGAGAUGGUUCCUGGAUGGGGGCCCCGAUGUCAGCGCGUCGUGCACCGCCCACCAUGCCGUCGCAUGGUGCUCCUUCGGGCCCUCGGGCAUCUCUCACUCCAUCAACACCAUUGGCGCCAGGGACAGGGUAUCGGCACCCUGGCACCCGUCAGAAUAGUUCAGUCUCUGCCAUUUCCUCCCCAGCGCCCAGAAAUCCUAAUUUUCUUGCUGGGUUAGGCUCAAUUAUCCCCGGGGGUAGAGCACUACCAUCCACACUAGAUGUCGGGACGGAGAAACGGCUCGCUCAGCUUGAGUCUGAUAAAGAGAAACUGCUUGAUCAAAUGCGCGAGACACAGAGGCCCAGAAGAUCAGGAUUGCGUGACUGGGACCGAUUGGACCGUGAGAGCUCAAUAUGUGCUCUGAAGAGUGAAUUGGCUGAGGGUCACCUCCAGCGUAUGGCCGAUGAAAGCACAGGUGGUGGGAUCAUGUAUUGA